AUGUUACCAACUGUGUCUAGAGCUGAUCCAAAACUAUCGACACGUUUAAGUCCAAUUCUCAGUUACAACGGAUUUGAACAGGAUAAUGGAAAUCAAGCCGAAACAUUUGCCAAUCAACAGUUUUUCAUAACAAAUUCUUCUUCAGUUCAACGACGCGAUCAACAAUCAUUUCCAACAUCGAGACAAAUAGAUUCGCCCCUAGCAAUUUUAACCUUUUGUCCGAUUAAAGAUUCAAUAGCAAAGUUUUUUACUGAAAAAGAUGAACCCAAGGCAAGCGACGAUGAGCAAUUAGCAACUUCUUCCAGUUCAACUUCAUUAGUUCUCACUACAAAUCGUGCUCAACAAACCAGUCCAACAGAUAUGUUUCCAAUAGUUAACAAUACUACCGUUGAUAAUAAUCAUUAUUUACAACGGCAAGGCGUUUUGCAACGAAAUCACUCGGAAAAUAGUGUUACGAAACAAACCAGUUCCGAUGAACAAUCAUCGACGAUAAUCAAUGAUGACGAAGACGAAUCGUUGCAUACGAGUAAAAUUCCCAAGUCAACGCAUCGAUCGAAACAAACACCAAGAAUAAAAUAUUCCGAGAAUAAUCCAUCGCCUGCAGGUCGAAAUGGUAAAUCGUCGGCGAAUAAUUGGCAGUCAACAUCGAAUACACCUCGAACGUAUCCAGUUGUACCGUCGAUUACACAACGACCAAUUCAAGGUAUUUUAGUACAGUUUGUUCGUUCUGGUGAGUCUCAUCAUCGUGGUGUACGAAUCGCUGUCAAUGAGUUCGAUUUGAAAUCUUGGGAAGCAUUUCUAAACUAUCUCAAUCGUCAACCGAACUUAGCUUUAUCAACUGGUGGAAUAAGACACAUUUACUCGUUGACAGGCGAAGAGAUUCUUUCGACUAAUCAGUUUCAACACCGACAAUCGUACAUCGUAUCGUCAGGAUCGUUUGUUCGAACAAACUACCGGUAUAUAACAGAAUCAUUUGCAGAUGAGCCUGAUCUCACUGCUAAUUCAAGUGUUCAACCAGGACCAUCUCCUUAUUGGAAUACACGAUCAUCUGUUCAUCCACGAUGGCGAUCGCCUGCAAUACCUGGAUCAUCGUUAUCAACAACCAAUGGCGAACAAAUUUUUCUUCUUCCUUACUCGAAACUGAACUUAUACGAGAGCAUAAUUCUAAAUCGAAAUUUAACUCAAACAUUCGAAGAAUGGCUACAAGAUCAAGUAACCGAUGUGCUUUGUCAGCACACGAAUAACGAUUCUAUUACAAAUCUAUUUGCUGUGCUCAAUUCAGCGUUUAUCGAAGUGAAAAGCUUUUCGAAACUAUUUGCUCUGGUUAAGAAAACGGACACAUUCAUCGGUUGUACAGAAGGCGAAUAUACGCGAGCAAAAGAUUAUUUAGAAAUGAUUAAACCUAGCGAAUUGUUUGUUGAUCGCAAAUGGUCAUCUCAACAAUCCAAUACCAGAAAGACUAAACAACGCUUCCCUUCGAAACGAAUAAUUGACGAGAUAAGACCGUCGAUAACUUGGAUUCAUGGUUACAAUGGUGAUAAUGAAUUGACUAAGAAGCUUUAUUCAUUGCCGGAAAAUGAAAUUCUUUAUGUAAUUGAUUCUAUAUGCGUUGUAUACGAACCCAAUUUGAAACAACAACGUUUUUAUACGAAACAUAAGCAUUUGAUAACUUGCGUCAAUGUUCAUCGAAGCCAAACAUUAGUUGCAUCGAGCGAAAAAGGCUCAUCAAAAACGAAUCAACGCGCUUUGAUACAUAUUUGGGACCAUACGAAACUUGAAACUGUUCGUGAAAUACAGAAAGACCAAUUUGGAUCUUUUAUAUCAUUAUUAUCGUUUUCACCUAAACCAGACGACGAUUUAUUAUUAGUUAUUUCACGUGACAAACCCAAACUUGUUUUAUUUAUCGAUUGGAAACGAAAUGAAUUGAUUUAUAGUAUCACAUGUAAAUCUGAUAAUAUCCUUUCGGUAUUGUUUGUCUUUGGUUCAACUGAAUGGAUUGCAUGUAUCAGUCAACGACAUUUACUCUUUUAUCACAUUAAUUGGAGUCUGCGACCAUUGAAGAUGUUAGAACGACGAGAGUCCGAAGUUCAAAAUAUUUACACCGGAGCAGCGGCAUGUGAUAUGUCAGGCGAACAAUUGCUUGUUGGUGACGAAGUGGGUAAUGUUUAUAUCUGGGGUUUGAUCGAUCGAGAACCGAAAUUAAUUGUUGUUCAAGAGUGUAUCUUGGAAAAUGACGUGGAUUUGAUUAUUCCAGUCAAUCACGAAACAUUUCUCCUAGCGAACAGAGAAAAUCAGGUGAAACUUUGGAAUUUGAAAAGCGAUACGGUUGAGCAAAUUCGAGUGAAUGAAAACAUUGGUACAAUUCAAUCAGCAUGUUGUAUUCAACGAGAAUCUGUUUGUGUGGGAUUAGCUAUUGGAACUAAAUCGAAUUAUAUUAUAUCAAAGGAAAUGGGUAAAGAUCAAUUUCAUGUUCUCAUGCGAGGACAUACAAGCCCAUCGAUAUCUAUAUGUUGUGGUCGAGAUGAUCAUUAUUAUUUCUCGAUAAGUUCUGACCGAAAUUUAUUUAAAUGGAACAUGGCUACAAAAUCUGUUGAAUGGUCAACAAAAUCAACCCAACCAAUCUCUUGCGCUGAUAUCCAUCCUCAACGAAAUGUCAUAGUUCUCGGCACGGAAACUAGCAAACUGAUAAUUUAUGACACAUUGUCAUCGUUCUACAUUACAACAAUAACACUGAAAUUUAAUACGGGUGUUAAAUCAGUUCGAUUCUCUCCUGAUGGUUUAAGUCUUGCUGUUGGACUGCACAAUGGGAAUGUUUGUAUUUUCGAUGUAUUAGGAAAUGGAGAUUUUCAUCAGCAUCCAGAUGGAUUGUUACAAAACGAUACAGCAGCUGUGAGCACUGUGAUUUGGUCGGUCGAUGGCAAAUAUCUUCUAGUAGUCUAUUCGGACAAUGAUUAUAAUAUUUGGACAAUACCAGCUUUCGAGAUCAAUCGAGGGAAGAAGAUUGAAAGUAUCGAAUGGGAUCGUAUCGUUCAUCCGUUGAUGUGUCAUCUGCUCGAUAAAACUAUCAUUGAUGCACACGCAUCAGCUGUUAUUCUCUCUGCAAAUUUAGUUCUCUGUUGUGGUAAAGACGGUCAACUUCAUCUAUUUCGAAAUCGUUAUGAACAUAAUUCCCAAGCGUUUCAUUUCGGUCUUGGUCCUAUUCAAAGUAUCAUUUCAUCACCGACAAAUAAUUCCUAUCUUGUCUCGCUCGCCAACAAUUCUGCGAUCGUUGAAAUUCAAAUUGAUAUUCAAAAUCAACUGUAG